UUUGCGCGUCUGAACGGUAAAAGGCGAAGUCGGCACACCAAGUUUCUUCUCUGGAGAGAGAAAGGGGCGAGGAUUUGAGCAGAGCAGUUCAUUGCUUCCCGCCUUUCCAUGCCCUCCCACAAUCCUCAUUUAUUCCAUGCGUGCAAGCUAUCGUCUUCUUCAUCAUCCUUUCAAUCCUUAAUCCUCUCCUCUCCACCACAAACCUCUUCUUGGCUGUUAAUGGUCUACUGAUUUCCGCGGAGCUUUUUGGAUCCGAUCCGACAUUGAAGGAUUUGCUCAUGGGGAACACUCACGCCAGGGCUCCGCCGGACCCGGCCCAUGCAUCAGAGCUGAGUUCCUACGAGGCGGCCUGCCUGGCGGAUGCCGACCUCCAGUCCUUUGACUCCAACCUCCAGGCCCAGACAAGCCAUGCGAUCGGGGCGCUCGCCGCCGGCGUCGAGGUUCGAGCCCUUUCCUUCGACUCCCUCAGGGAGGUCACCGGGUGCCUCCUCGAGAUGAACCAGCAGGUGGUCCGGGUCAUCCUGGACUGCAAGCAGGACAUCUGGCGGACUCAUGAGCUGUUCGAGCUUGUCGAGGAAUACUUUGAGAACAGCCUCCAGACCCUCGACUUCCUCUCUGCCCUCGAUAAGUGCCUCAAGCAUGCCCGCGACAGCCAGCUGCUCAUCCUCGUCGCGCUACAGCAGUUUGAGGACGAGGACCGCCAGGCCGGAGGGGCCGACAGGUAUGCCAGGACGCUGGAGGAGCUGAGGAGCUUCAGGGCUGCCGGCGACCCGUUCACAGAGGAGUUCUUCCGCAUCUUCCAGGCCGUCUACCGGAACCAGGUCGCCAUGCUCGAGAAGCUGCAGCUCCGGAAGAGCAAGCUCGACAAGAAGCUCAGGUGCAUCCACGCCUGGAGGAAAGUCUCGAGUAUGAUCUUUGCCGCGACUUUCGCCGCCGUCCUGAUUUGCUCUGUAGUUGCGGCUGCAGUGGCUGCUCCGCCGGUCGCGGCAGCUCUUGCUGCGGCAACAUCCGUUCCCAUCGGCUCCAUGGGGAAGUGGAUCGACUCGCUGCUGAAGAACUACGAGAGCGCGGUGAAGGGGCAGAAGGAGGCCGUGGUCACGAUGCAGGUGGGGACAGGGUUGGCCAUCAGCGACUUGGAGAACAUCCGAGUGCUGGUCCACCGGUUGGAGAUCGAAAUCCAUUCGAUGCUUCAGAAUGCCGGGCUUGCAGUGGAGGAAGGUGCGGUGAAGAUUGGAGUGGGCGAGAUCAAGAAGCAGCUGAACGCUUUCAUGACGAACAUCGACAAAUUGGGGGUUCAGGCCGACAACUGCAGCCGCGACAUACGGCGGGCGAGGACGGUGGUGCUUCAAAGGAUCAUAAAGAAUCCCAACCAGUGAAGGCAAGAAGGGAGCUUCCUGUAAUUUCCUUCGGUCAUGAAUUGGAGAUAGAAGGAUUAAUCAAGAGGACAUGCUCCAAGUGAAUAAAUUUCUUCAAAUAAUCGAUCAAUUUGUUAUUCAUCCUCUUUCAAAUGUUAAGACUGGAGAAAUGCCCACCAUUUGCAAAUACUUCC